ACUGUUGUCGGCAAAUAACCAGAUAACCGGUCAUUCUGUUUUCGACUGGCUCCGAGAUGCGUCCUGUAGUCAUCUGCCACUUUAACAGUCGGCCUCAGAAGCCGAGGAAAGUGCCGAACGAGCUAUUCGCUAAAGCGGAACUCAUCCUCGAUUCCAAGAAAAAUGCGAAUGUUUUAUGUGAAGUUUUGGAGAUGUUUAACAAAGAUGAGAAGAAUUAUACACCGCUCCUGUUAACUGUAGAAUUAAUCUUCACGUCGUUGCUAAAGCGCGGUGAAAUGUAUGAACAAGGCAAAGGCACAGGGCCGGACGGAGGAAACCCGGGUCUCAUUCACGUGCGUUGGCUUCGUGAGAACUACCACCUGGCGUUUAAUCGUGUGCUGGACUGCAUGAGCCGCGGCGAAGAGAGCUCACGCAAGCAAGCACUUUCUUCCUGCUUGAAGAUGCUGGCCGUUGAGGGGGAGAAUCCGACACUGUCCAUACAUGGGAUUAUGUGCUUUCCGGAAUGGCGUCUCAAGAGUAUCUUCGAAGUGAUCCUCGACCCUAAGCAGUCCCAGAGCGUCUUCAUCCGAUACCUCGAGUUCUUUGCCGAGUACCGUGAUUUUCAGCAGAACGCGCUCAAAGUGCUCGCCGAUUUGAAGUAUAACAUGUCUCCGAGUGACAUAUACGUGCAAAAUUAUCUGGAGCUAUUCGACAUGAUAAUGAAACCAGGUCUGAACCAGAACGAGCGCCCGCAACAGCCCGAGAGGUACUACGACAAGAAGGUUUAUACCGCGGACAGCUAUCUUAUUCGGAGAGACCGAAUGGUGUCCGACAUCUUCGACCCAGAUAUAUGCAAGAAGAACAUCAACCGCUGUUGGGGCUUCUGCAUGCAAUGGCCACUCCGGGCCAACGAGACGAACCACCGCAGGGCUCUAGUCGUGCUGGUUGACCGUAUCAUGCCGUAUUUAACCAAGCCAGUGCUAGUUACCGACUUCUUGUGCGACAGUCUGGAUUGCGGCUCCGCUAUAGGCAUGAUAGCCCUCCGCGGCGUCAUGGAGUUGGUCAUCGAACACGACAUCGACUUCCCGGACAUAUACGACCGGCUGUACGGCAUGUUCGAACCGGACAUGUUCGCCACGCGGUCCAAGAGGCGUCUCAUACACAUCACCGACGUGUUUCUAAGUUCCACCCGCGUCCCCGAGACCAUAAUAGCGUCGUUCGCCAAACGGCUCGCCCGCCUGGCGCUGGUCGCCUCCCCUGAGGACGCGCAGGAACUGCUGCGACUGAUCGCCAACAUGGUGUACAGGCACCCGGGGCUCAAGAGAAUGCUGAAGAACGACCAGCCCGCUAUACUGCCGCAAGAUCCGUUCGAGAUGGAAGAGUCUAGAGCGAACGCCACCAACGCCAUACAGUCCUCGCUGUGGGAGGUCGCCGCGCUAAAGCAACACUUUACGCCAGAAGUGUGCGCAAGCGCAGCUAAGGUGCUCGCUCUAGCGGACAGCGGGGCUCAACCGCCCGACCUACUGCCAUCCUUUUCCGACGAAAUGCAAUUCGAAGGGGAGAUUAAGAAGCGAUUCAGGACAAUAGCGAUGAACUUCGUGAAGGUGUCGCCCACUCGCUACUGGGAUCAAGAGGACUGGAAAAUGAACGCUUUCUGGCAUCGGAUCCCCGACUUCAUUUAAAAUUUGUAAUCGGGAAUGAAACAUUAAGCUUAUUUGCAGGGUUCGAUAUUAUCCAGAUAAUUAUAGUCUGAUAAUUAUCCCAAGUAUGGAUGGUGCUAUAAGGUGUGUUCGGGUAAUUCCGACUACUUCGAAAUGUCGGUAUUACCCGGAUACACUUUAUUUAUUUUCUUUGAAUUAUUUGAUAGUAAAAAAUAAUGAUUGCGGCGUUAUGUGCUAUUUACAAACAAAAACUGACCUAAUAUUGAUUAGUUUUUUUUAUUAACAAUUGAAAUACAAGAUACAGAUAAGAUAACCAAUAAAUAACCAUCAUUUAACAAUCUAAUUAUAUUUCGUAAAUUUUAGGUUAUUAUCAAAUCGAUAAUUAUCAGGCAUAAAAAUGACGAUAAUUAUCAAGAUAACUAUCAUUGAUAAUUAUCCUUUGGAACCCUGCUUAUUUGUGAUGUUCUCAAUCAAAAGGGUACAUUGUCGCUGUGAUGUGAUGUGAUGAUUGUCAUAGGGAUGCUCUGACAGGUUAUUUGUAUAAAGAUGCAAGCUAAUUUCGUCUUUAUGGUAAGCGACAAAGUGGUACCUUUUUAUUGAUAACGCCACAGUUUACGGUUUAACUUACGUAUCCUACUCCUCUCAGCCUAGUCAGUAGUGACCCAUCCCACGAAACAAGCGGUCCCGGGUUCAAAUCCAGCUAAGGUCGUUUUUUUGUGUGUUUAUCAAUAGUUGUUCCUGAGUUAUGAAGAAGCGCUGGUGGCCGAGCGGUAAGAGCGUGCGACUUUUUAUCCGGAGGUCGCGGGUUCAAACCCCGGCUCGUACCAAUUCGUUUUUCGGAACUUAUGUACGAAAUAUUUGAUAUUCACCAGUCGCUUUUCUGUGAAGGAAAACAUGAGACGGGACUAAUCCCAGUAAGGCCUAGUUUACCCUGUUGGAAGGUCAGAUGGCAGUCGCUUUCGUAAAAACUAGUGCCUACGUCAAUUCUUGAGAUUAGUUGCCGUGGCAAAAAGCUGGGACAACGCGAGGAAGAUGAUUUGUUCCGAGUUAUGGCUGUUUUUAAACUAUAUAAAUAU